AUGUCCCUCCUGCAGUGUCCCCUGCAAUGUAGUCCGAUGGAUGCCAGCAUCUGUCUUCUGGGUUCCGUCCCCUGCGAGAGUCAGGACGUACAGGGGACGGAACAGAGGGAAAUUUGAAAAUGACAAAAAUAAAACAUUACUAUAUCAAAUCAUUUCACAUACAUUUUGUCCCUAGUGCUUUGUCCUGUGCCCUGCCUGCAUUUUUACUGUUCUUUCUGCCUGGAAACUGAGAAACGUCCAUGGCGUCCAAAAACGUCCCUUUAGGUCAAAAGCGGUUUUAGACCAGCUAGAGAACAGCGAUAGUAAAUUAGAACUACUUGCAGAAUUGA